AUGGCUCCUACUGGCGAUGCGCCGACUCUGCCUGCUCCUGGUGCUGCUGGUGUGCAAGGGAAGAAGCCGUCGGAUGAGCGACCGGAUCUGGUGACUCCUAAGACGCUCUUCAACGGCGUGGCUGGCUCUUUUGGCGCAGAUAUGGUCAACAAGCUGGCGGAGCGAACGUCGGCCCUCAAGCUGGAUGAUCUGCCGGCGGGAGGAAAGGAAAACGACAUGGUUAAGUCGUCUGCUGUUAGAAGCUGGUCACCGGCACCUGAUGUGCUUGACAAAGGCAAAGCAAAGGUGGAGGACAAGGGCAAUGACGACGGUUACCUCAGUGAUGAUCCGGACGAGUGCCAAGACCUGGAGGUGCUUAACGAAAUCGCCGCGCAGGCGGGUUUCGCUAUUACCCUGCUCAUCCCGUUUGCCUGGAACAAGGAGGUUCCCCGCACCAUCAAUACAGUCGGACAUCUGCUGCUGGUGUGGGGGAAGAACCUUUCGGAGAAUGUCAGGGAUACGACUAGAUGUCAGCAGCUGUCGGUUACCUACUUGUCCAAGAAGCAUUUCGGCCGAAUCCAGGUGGUCUUUCAGCAGGAGGCUGAUGCGAACUUCGUCUGGAGCCGGGAAGUUGAGCAUUACAUGAUGAAUGACAAGAAGCUAACGCUCGGCCGGCAGCACCCGGAGAACGCUGGUUACCUGAAAGAGCGUGCUCUGCACCCGGAGGUGAUCGAGGUGCUGCUUAAGGGAGUCCGGCGGUGGUUGCAGCAGCGAACCCCCGAGCUGAUUUCUGUGUUGCCUCUCCACCAAACAACUGCUUCUUUGAAGCUGUCAGUGGCGGCGAAGAUCAUCAUGGCAGACCCGGCGAUUUCCCUGACCUCGGUGGGGGGGGUCCGGGAGGAGUGGAUCUGCGUGCAAGAGGAGUGCGGGAAGGCUCACGGAAACAAUUUCAAAUAG